CCGAGUAGAUCCCAAAACGGAAGUGCUUGUAGGGGCCAAUUCUUAUAACGGUUUUCUCUACCGGGCGCUAAAAAUUGUCGAGAGUGCGAGUGAGGCUCAGUGGCCCGAGGUAAGGCCUGGAUCGAAUGCUCCACUUAGAGGGAUUCUGCACUCAAAGAUUUCCAGCUCCGGCCCAGAGGGCUCCAGCGAGGUAAGAAGGAAAAAGAGGCACCCGAAAGGCUUCACCUGACUUGGGGCUACUCAAGACCUUGGGAUGGCUCAGGGUUUACAAAUCUCUGACUUUUCCCAAGAAGAGCAAGAAAUGGUUGAGACCUGGGGACCAGUGACAUUUGAGGAUGUGGCUGUGGAUUUCACCCAGGAAGAGUGGCAGUACCUGAACCUUCCCCAGAGGAUUCUGUUCAGAGAUGUGAUGUUGGAAACCUACAGCAACUUAGUCUCUGUGGGGCAGGAAGUUACCAAACCGGACCUAAUCCUCAAACUGGAAUUACAAGAGUCGUUCUGGGAAGAAGGAAAAGUCCCAGUUUGGAACCUCCCAGAAGAAGCCCACCAUAUUGAUCAACAGAUUGAGAGACUGUAUCAAUUUGAUGAACAAAUUGAGAGCCGGUUCCAGAACGGUGAAGAUAAAUGUUUGAUGAUGGAAGUUGAAUUCCAUAACAAGAAAACAAUAAACCCCACUAGGGGUGGUUAUAAUGAAUUUGGGAACACACUUCAUCUGAGUACAAACCUUAUUGCUUCAAUACCUUAUAAACAUGAGUCAUUUGUAAAUAAUAUGUUAGAUAAUUUAAACCUAUUUAGUAGAAGCUCUGUAGGAAAGAAAUAUGAUAAUGGAUGUGCAAAAUUAUUAUUCCAUACAGAAUUCGAGAAGACAAAUCUUGGAGUAAAACCCUACAUGUAUAAAGAGUGUGGGAAGGCCCUCAAGAGAAAAGAUCUUAGUCUGCAUCAGAGAAUCAAAAAUGGAGAGAAACCUUUUGAAUGCACUGCAUGUAGGAAAACCUUCAGCAAGAAAUCACACCUCAUUGUACACUGGAGAACUCAUACAGGAGAGAAACCAUUUGGAUGUACUGAAUGCGGAAAAGCCUUUAGCCAAAAAUCUCAGCUUAUAAUACACUUGAGAACUCAUACAGGAGAGCGACCCUUCGCGUGUCCUGAAUGUGGAAAAGCCUUCAGAGAAAAGUCAACUGUCAUAAUACAUUACAGGACACACACAGGUGAGAAACCUUAUGAAUGUAAUGAAUGUGGAAAGGCCUUCACUCAGAAAUCAAAUCUCAUUGUCCACCAGAAAACACACACAGGAGAAAAAACCUAUGAAUGUACUAAAUGUGGGGAAUCUUUUAUACAAAAGCUUGAUCUAAUCAUACACCAUAGUACUCAUACAGGAAAGAAACCACAUGAAUGUAAUGAGUGUAAGAAAACUUUCAGUGAUAAGUCAACUCUUAUUAUACAUCAGCGAACUCACACAGGAGAGAAACCUCAUAAAUGCUCUGAAUGUGGGAAGUCUUUCAAUGAGAAGUCAACUCUCAUUGUGCAUCAAAGAACUCAUACGGGAGAGAAACCCUAUGAGUGUGAUGUGUGUGGAAAAACCUUCACCCAAAAAUCUAAUCUUGGCGUACACCAGAGAACUCAUUCAGGAGAGAAACCCUUUGAAUGUAAUGAAUGUGAGAAAGCAUUCUCUCAGAAAUCCUAUCUCAUGCUUCACCAAAGAGGUCAUACAGGAGAGAAGCCCUAUGAAUGCAAUGAAUGUGAAAAAGCAUUUUCCCAGAAAUCAUAUCUCAUUAUACAUCAAAGAACUCAUACAGAAGAAAAGCCCUAUAAAUGCAAUGAAUGUGGCAAAGCCUUUAGAGAAAAAUCAAAGCUCAUUAUACAUCAAAGAAUUCAUACAGGAGAGAAACCAUAUGAAUGCCCUGCAUGUUGGAAAGCUUUUAGUCAGAAGUCUCAGCUCAUAAUACAUCAGAGAACACACACCGGAGAAAAACCCUAUGCAUGCACUGAGUGUGGCAAAGCCUUCCGUGAAAAAUCAACAUUCACUGUACAUCAGAGAACGCAUACAGGAGAGAAACCUUAUAAGUGUGCAGAAUGUGGGAAAGCCUUUACCCAGAAAUCAAACCUUAUUGUACAUCAGAGAACACAUGCAGUAAAGAAAGUCCAUGGGAAAGGCCAUGCCCGGAAGUCAAAGCUCAGUGCACAUUAGAAAGUAAAUUAAGAGUGCCUGUCAUGUAUGCUGGAGAAAUAUUUUUAUCAAUUAGCAUUUUUAAGUAUGUUCUGAACUUCUAGAGAAUAAUGGAAGCAUUAAAAAAAUUUCAUCUCAGGGCUGGAGAGAUAGCUCAGUGGACUGAGCACAUGCAUCGUGAGGCCUGGAUUCCAUCCUGGGCAACACAUGGACUCUAAGCACUUCUGAGAGUGAUCCCCAAGCACUGAACCAGGAGUAGCCACAAGCAUUGCUGAGUACAGACUUCAAAGAAAAAAUUUCACCUCAGUCUUCACUCAAAAGCUACAGGGCGAAAAAGAAGCAGAAAUAUGAU